GCUGAUUUCCCUCACCAGAAGUGACGAGUGUAGGGGAUUUUCACGAGGUAGGGGAAUUUGAUAGAACACCGGUGAUAAUAGAUUGUACUGUCCAGGCCCUAUACGGCAGAGCUCUGCAAAGUGUGAGUUAGUCUUUUAUAUAGUCCUUUUACUGGAUAUAUAUUCCAUUUACUUGAUAUAUUGCACUAUUAUUGUUUAUAUUUUAUUAUGUUCAAGGGUUAUAUACACCAUCAUAGUACUGGAAUAUCCUGUAUGUAUGUAUAAACCAUUUUAUAUUUAAUCACAUUAUAUUUUAAUCACUUUGUAUUCCUCUGUGGUGCGGUUUACCACUCUGUUUUCGCACUUUUUGGUUCUGAUUAGCAGGUAUUGGGAAUCCUGCUGGUUCACUGCUGCCGUACACCCAGUUAUUUUAGAGAGCGCCUACACCUUGCUUUAUAUUUACUUAGUAAAUUAUGCCCCUACUCGCUAUACUGUUAAAAAAAAAAAAAAAAAGUCCCCCCUCCACCUAUUGUCCUCCCCCCAGGCCCCACCCCUGAGCGGUGGGUGGCGGCCCUAAAUUAUAAUAAGGGAGGGGGGAGCUAAUGUCCUCCCCCCUGGCCCCCACCCCUGAGCAGUGGGUGGGGGCCCUAAAUUAGAAUAAGGGUGAGGACCUAAUGUCCUCCCCACUGGCCCCCACCCCUGAGCGGUGGGUGGGGGCCCUAAAUACUAAUAAGGGUGCCCGUUUGGGAUUUUGUGUUCACCAUUUAACUGGACAUGGCACGCAUUCUGUUUUCUUCCCGGACGUCUGCCUGGUUUGGUCCUUUAGGGGGCAUAGUGCCAGGUAACAAAUUAAUGGCACAGUCGUAGGGCCUAUGUGGAGGUAAUACCUCCGACUGAACCUUGUUAAAUACUUAUUUUAAGUCCAAAUACUGCGGUGGGACUUCUGUGGUUAAGGGAGGUGCUAUAGGUACAUUGAUGGUACCAAUUCGUUUUCCUCUGUGGUGCGGUUUACCACUCUGUUUUCGCACUUUUUGGUUCUGAUUAGCAGGUAUUGGGAAUCCUGCUGGUUCACUACUGCCGUACACCCAGUUAUUUUAGAGAGCGCCUACACCUUGCUUUAUAUUUACUUAGUAAAUUAUGCCCCUACUCGCUAUACUGUUAAAAAAAAAAAAAAAAAGUCCCCCCUCCACCUAUUGUCCUCCCCCCAGGCCCCACCCCUGAGCGGUGGGUGGCGGCCCUAAAUUAUAAUAAGGGAGGGGGGAGCUAAUGUCCUCCCCCCUGGCCCCCACCCCUGAGCAGUGGGUGGGGGCCCUAAAUUAGAAUAAGGGUGAGGACCUAAUGUCCUCCCCACUGGCCCCCACCCCUGAGCGGUGGGUGGGGGCCCUAAAUACUAAUAAGGGGGGGAACCUAAUGUCCUCCCCCCUGAUCCCCACACCUGAGCGGUGGGUGGGCAUCCUAAAUGCUAAUAAGGGGGGGAACUAAUGUCCUCCCCCCUGAUCCCCACCCCUGAGCGGUGGGUGGGGGCCCUAAAUACCAAUAAGGGGGGGGCUAUUGUCCUCCCCCCUGGCCCCCACCCCUGAGUGGCGGGUGGGGGCCCUAAUAAAAAAUUAACCUCCCCUCCCCCAGGUGACUAGGGAUCCCCAAACCUCUAGUCACCCCCCUCCCAAAAAAUACUAACUCCUACCUACCCCCCUCACCCUAAAAAUAAUGAGGGGGGGGCCAUUAACUAAGUACCUGUAUAAAAAAAAAAAAACUUACCAUUUAAUGUUUUCUUUCUUCUAAAAUUUUCUUUUUUAUAAUUUAGGGCCCCCACCCGCCGCUCAGGGGUGGGGGCCAGGGGGGAGGACAAUAGGUCCCCCCCCUUAUUCUGAUUUAGGGCCCCCACCCGCCGCUCAGGGGUGGGGGCCAGGGGGGAGGACAAUAGGUCCCCCCCAUUAUUUUACUUUAGGGCCCCCACCCGCCGCUCAGGGGUGGGGGCCGGGGGGGGGGCAAUAGGUCCCCCCCCUUUUUUUUUACAUUCUGCUCACUGUUUAAUAGACAUGCCCUACAUGCCCUGCGAUCUAGUGAGUAGGGGCAAAAUUUACUAAUACUAAGUAAUUUUGCCUUAGUAUUAGUAAAUUUGGCUGAAUUACCAAUUUAGGUCUUUCGCCUUUUGGUAGAUAACUCCCUAAUACCGUGGGCUGCAAGAGAAGUGCCGAAGUCCCGAAGUCCCGAACCGAACCGAAGUCCCGAAUUAGCCGAAGUCCCGAAUUUCGUAAUGCCGAACCGAAAAUUUUCCCCAUGCACAUGCCUAGUGCACACACCCUGUCACCCCCACACAUACAUCCUGUCACAGCCCCACUACACCUACCCUGUCACCCCCGCAAUGCAAACACCUGUCACACCAACCCACACUAUAUCAUUCCCACAAACACUGACACCCCAUCCACACACACUGUCACACCCAAUAAUCCCCACACACAUACUGGCACCCCCCACACACACUGUCACCUCCACUCACAUGCACUGUCACCCUGUUAACAUACAGUAUCACCAUCCCUAAACACUUUCAGCCCCCAAACACUGUCACCCACUUCACCCAGCCACUCUCCAAUUAACCCCUCCUAAUCCUGUCACUCUCACCCCCUCCAAUCAUACCAAACUAACCCACCUUCACUUCGCCACUCUUAACCUAUCACAUUAACCCCCCAAUCCUGUCAGACUCACCUUCUCUCGCACUGCCACACUCACCACCCCAAUCCUAACACACACACAGAGUCAUGAAACAUAGCUGUGCCAUAACACAAUGCACAAAGGCCAGAGACAGCCACCCCACACACAUAUGGAUCCAGACACAUGCUCACAAAGAGCAUGUUUUUAAAUUGAGCCCUAUAUCUUACAGGAAGCCAAUGUAAGGACACACAGUUUCAGGCACAUACACAUGUAGACAAUGUGAGAUACACUCAGAUAUACACACUGGCCCUUAUGUAUACACGACUGCCAAGCUAUGUAACCAUACCCCGCAAUCGUUUAUAAACGAUUAGCAUAAUUGCUAAUUAAAUGUGUUUAUUGCAAAUUUAAUUAGCAAUUAGCAUACUUGAAACAAGAGAAAUAUCAAUGUAUUCUUCCUUGUAAAAUAUUUUAUAUAUAAAUAAAUAUAAUUUGCAAAUUAUGCCAUAACUACAGUCAGAAAGCUCACAACGCAGCGGCACAGGGAGCCGCGACACUGCAAGCCUCUGAACAAUGAAUACAGCGACUAGCUCUCUGUAUCCAGUGCUGCAAGCCGGUCCUUCAAUAUAACUACAGCACCUUAUACACACACACGAUGAACCCCUAUUUAUUUUCACUUUGGGUGUUAGUGGGGUCCUCAUGUUUGAGUUUCGCCUAAGGCCUCACAAAGGUCUGCCACUACCCAGAUAUAUCUAAUUAUUAUAGCGUGCAAGGAUGCAUAGUAUUUUGGGGGAUGUGAAUUCGGGAGUGUUUGGAAAAGUUAGAGGUUGCGUAGAAGCAGUGGCGGAACUAUCGCGGUCGCAGGGGUCUCAGCUGCGACCGGGUGUCCGCCGCCAUGUGUUGCAGCUCCUGCCCACGCGGUAGAACCGCCAGGACCGCAUUAAAGGGGUCCAUCGUGUGGCCCAUGCUGUUAGGGUCACCCGAUGGCCAAGUAUUACCAGGGGGCCCAGUCAGCGCUGUAGCGCUUUAACAGCGCGACCGGGCCCCCUGUGAUGGGAUCAGAUGAUCCAGCAACCACCAGGAGCCGCGCAGGAGGAAGAGAGAUGGAGGUCAGAGUGGGAACUGUUUGUAUGUGUGUGUCUAUGUGUGUGUCUGCAUGUGUAUCUGUUUGUCUGCAUGUGUGGGGGCAGUGGUGUACAUAUUGGGGUCGCAGGGGUCACGGCUGCGACCCGGUAUGUAUGCCACUGUGGCCACCCUCUUCUCCUAGGGGGCCCAGGAACUGGCCACCUUAGGGCCCCCCAGGCUGGCCCUGGUGUCACCCUGCGGGCAGGAAGGCGGGCGCGAGGGAGCUCCCUCGCGCACCACACUGAUACCGGAACCGGGGAGAGUGCUCCCUCGCGCGCCCGCCAGCCUGCACGUCGGCUGACACCACUGGACCCCAGGGAAUCCCCUCAGCACUCCCACAGGUAAGGAGGCUGGUGGGAUUAAAUUUUUUUUUAAACUAGAGUGUGUUAGUGUGUAUGUUUGUUAGUGUGUAUGUGUGUUAGUGUGUAUGUGUGUUAGUGUGUUAGUGUGUAUGUGUGUUAGUGUGUGUGUGUGUGUGUGUGUGUGUUAGUGUAUGUGUUAGUGUUAGAGUGUGUGUGUUAGUGUUAGUGUGUGUGUUAGUGUUAGAGUGUGUGUGUUAGUGUUAGUGUUAGAGUGCGUGUGUGUGUGUGUGUGUGUGUGUGUUAGUGUGUGUGUUAGUUUUAGAGUGUGUGUGUUAGUGUGUGUGUGUUAGUGUGUGUGUUAGUGUGUGUUAGUUUUAGAGUGUGUGUGUGUUAGUGUUAGAGUGUGUGUGUUAGUGUGUGUUAGUGUUAGAGUGUGUGCAUUAGUGUUAGACUGUGUGUGUGUGUUAGUGUGAGUGUGUGUGUUAGUGUGUGUCAGUGAGUGUGUUACUAUGUGUGUCUUUUACUGAGUGUGUUAGUUUGUUUGCGUCUGCUGGUGAGUGUGUGUUUUGUAAGUGAAUGAGUGUGUGUCUGUCUGUCAGUGAGUGUGUAUGUAUGAGUUAAGUGCCUAUUGAAUCAACAAUAGUGAUUGCAGGACUCUGGAAAUGAUACAAAUGCUGUAGAUUCACAGAUUGGCAACAAUGUUCAAGAAAUGUAUCAGCCCGUUGUUUCUUUUCUUCCCAUAUAAGGACAAGAAGAAUGAACGAUAGCUGAGUGAUUGAUCUAGUAAAGGUUUUUGAUCGUAUAUAUAAAAAAAACAAAAAACAAUACACUUAGAAAUCAAUAAAAUGGGUAACCAAAUAGUAGUCCCACUGUAGUAGGAAUCCAGAGAACUAUGUCAUUUAUAUAGUGUAGCCGACAGGUAGAUUGUAAAAUAAAAUAAUUUUAUUAGCAUAUACUGUCUAACACAUACACAUAAAAAAUAUAAAUGACAAACAUAUUCCCCAAUUAAGGAAAGCAGUGGUUGCUUAAUAUACAGUCUGAGGCUCCAAAAUGAUGUAACAAACUCUCUCACCGGCCGGAUGAAAUCGAGUGUGGACCUCCUCGUGCUGUGUAGAAACUGGCUGUCAGACGCGUGCGUUCCACUGCGGCUUUGGAUGCUUUCCAGCCUGCUCUCCUGGGGACCAGUGUGAAGUACCGCCUUACGCGUUUCGUGAUCAUAGGAUCACUUCAUCAGAGGAUCAGGGGGGGAAGAGUAGACGUAUGGGGGGGGCCAAGGCAAUUUUCGCACCAGGGUCUCGUGGUUUCUAGUUACGCCUCUGCGUAGAAGCAAAUUCAUUCUGCACCGAGUUUUCAACUAUCUUAGUCAAUAAAGGAGAAUCCUAGAAUGGAUGUGCAAGUUCUGUGCCUGUGCAGCCUCACACAUUUGUUUGAAAUCUCUGCAUGCUUUACAAAGACCGGGAGAGAGCUGGUGUGGCUUCUGUUAUUAUAUUAUUAUGUUAUUAUUUAUAUAGCGCCAACAAAUUCUGCAGCGCUUUACAGUGGGUGGACGAACAAACAUGUAGUUGUAACCAGACAAGAUGGACACACAGGAACAGAGGGAUUGAGGGCCCUGCUCAAUGAGCUUGCUAGAGGGAGUGGGGUAAAAUGACACAAAAGGUAAGGAUAGUAUUUGACUAAUGACAGUUGCAAGAGAGGAAUCAGUCGGGAGCUAUUAACAGUUUAAUUGAUAUGCUUUUAUGAAGAAGUGGGUUUUUAAUGAUUUUUUGAAGGAGUGGAGACUGGGUGAGCAUCUAACGGAGGAGGGUAGUGAAUUCCACAAGAACGGUGCAGCCCUGGAGAAGUCUUGAAGGCGAGCAUCAGAGGUGGGAGUACAGACACAAGAUAGACAUUAGUCUUCAGCAGAGCGUAAGGGCCUAGACGGGACAUACUUAUGUAUUAGGGAGUAUAGAUAGGUGGGAGCAGCAUUAUGUAGAGAUUUGAAAGCAAGAACCAGAAUUUUAAAUUGAGCCCUGUAUCUUACAGGAAGUCAAUGUAGGGACUGACAGAAGGGUGAGGCGUUGGAGGUGCGGGCUGACAGGAAGAUGAGCCUCGCCGCCGCAUUCAUUAUGGACUGUAACGGCGCAAGUUGGGAGCACGUAAGACCACUGAGAAGCGGAUUACAGUAGUCAAGGCGAGAAAGGACAGUGGAAUGGACGAGCACCUUUAGUCGCAUCUGGCAUUAAGUACGGUCGGAUGCGCGCAAUGUUUUCGAGAUGGAAGCGGCAGGAUUUGGGGAUAGACUGAACAUGAGGCGUGAAGGAGAGGUCGGAGUCAAAGAGAACACCUAGGCAGCAAGCUUGUGUGGUGAAGCUCCAUUGACUUGGAGGGAGACAGACACAGGAGUAGCAACACUUGAGGGAGGAAAGACCAGAAUUUCAGUUUUGGUCAAGUUGAGUUUAAGGAAGUGGGCAGCCAUCCAGUUAGAAACAGCAGAGAGGAAGUCAGAGACACUAGUCAAGAGGGACGGGGAGAGAUCAGGAGAGGACAGAUAGAUUUGCGUGUCAUGCACAUAGAAAUGAUAUUGGAAGCCAAAGGAGCUAAUGAGUUUACCAAGGGAGGCAGUAUAGAUGGAGAACAGUAGGGGACAAAGGACUGAACCUUGGGGGCACCAACAGAGAGGAGUUGGGGAGAAGAAGCAGAGCCAGAGAAAGAAACACUGACAGAGAACUGGGAAAGGUAGGAGGAGCUCCAGGAGAGAGCAGUAUCUUGUAGAUCGAUAUUGUGGAGGAUGAGAAGAAGCUAUUGAUGAUCAACAGUGUCAAAAGCUGCAGAAAGGUCAAGGAGAAUUAGGAUAGAGUAGUGACCACGAGAUUAUGCAGCGAAUAGAUCAUUGGAUACCUUGGUCAGUGCCGUUUUCACAGAGUGCUUAGCACGGAAACCAGACUGAAGCGGGUCUAGCAGAGAGUUGGACUCGAGGAAGUCUGUCAAUCUCGCAUACACAAUUCUUUCAAGGAUCUUGGAUGCAAAAGGCAGUAGUGAGAUUAGAUGGUAGUUGGACGGGGAGUUAGGGUCAAGGUUGGACUUCUUUAGAAUUGGGGUUAUAGUUGCAUGUUUAAAGGGCGAUGGAAAUAUCGUAGAGAGAGGAGAGAGAGAUUGAUAAUUUUAGUGAGAGGUAGAGAAAGAGAAGAAGACAGAGUAUGGAUGAGAUGCAAGGAAAUUGGAUCUAGGGAGCAGGUGGUGGGGCGGGAGGACUGGAGCAGAGCAGAAACCUCUUCUGCUGUAGAAGAUGUGAAUGAACAUAGAACAGAAGAGAGGGAGUGAGAUUAGGGGAAGUAUUGUAAGGGGAAGAAGAAAGAUGAGAGAUCUCUUCCCUGAUUGUAGAGAUCUUGUCAGUGAAGUGAGUUGCAAAGUCUGAGGCGGUCAAGUUAGUAGGUGGAAGAGUAACAAUAGGACGAAGAAGAGAGUUAAAUGUGGGAAAUAGUCGUUUGGGUUCUCAGGAGAGUGUGGUUAUGAGGGUAUUGAAGUAAUUUACUUUUGCAGAGGAAUGAGCCUAGCUGUAUGAGCGCAGCAUACAUUUAUAGUGGAGAAAGUCAGACGCACAGUAAGUCUUUGUCCAAGAGCGUCCAGCACUUCUGGAGCAUUUUUUGAGGUAUCAGCUUCACAACUUAGCAUAGUGACAAUGCAGCAUACCCAAGACAUGGAAGUCCUGGCAACAGUUGCUUUGAGUUUGAACUCCUACAUGUGUAUAUCUGUGUGUGUUUGAGUAUUUGCCCACCAUAAUAAUGUGAUAUCACUUCAUCCCAGCACUGCUGAAAAGAGCGAGCUAAGGACAGGCUAAUUUUGGGGUUGGAGCUGGAAAUACAAUUCAGCCUCUAUGAUCAUCCAGCCAUCUCAGCCAUCUCAGUACCCCAGUAUGUCUCUGAUGCCAACAGGGUGCCCAUCAGUCCGGCAUCCAGUGGCAGCUUUCCCCACUUUGCUACAACUCUGCAGAGUCUGUGGACAUGUAAAAGAGCUUAAUCAGUUGUGCAAUUAGCCAUAAGUCUAUUUGUAUAGACCAAUGUUUCCCACACUUUUUAGGUUAAAGGCGCACUUAAUAUCUUAAUAUUUUUCCAAAGUGCCCCAAGUUAAUACAAAUACACAGACUCCUAGUACUCAUGGACAGCAUCUAUAACUAUAGUACACAUCAGCCCCAAUACAUACAAUAACAAACAAAGAAAAUAGUUAUCCGCACACUACCCCAAAUCCCUAUGAGUAUGGAGGUGUUUUGUUUCACUCCAAUGGCAAUUAGGUGUAAGCUCACCUGUCACAUCCACCCCAUGUGUUUCCUAUUAAGGGUUAAUAAGUACAUAGGGGUUAAGAAAAAUACCCCUCUCUGUCUCAUUCGAGAUUUGUUUGCCUGGAGCUGAAGGAAGCAAGGUGAUUUGUUAAUGUAGGACCCACCUAGGAGGUUUGCUUUGACAUGGCAGGUGGGCUUACAUCUAAUGGCCAUUGGAGUGAAACAAAAUAACCUCCAUUUGUUUAAAUGUGCAUAGGGAUUUGGAGUAGUGCGCAGGUUACUCUUUUCUAUAGUUUUUAGUGGCCCAAGUUAAAAAAAAUUAUAGGUUGUAUAUCUGUACAGCGCUGCAUCAUAUACUAGCUAGCGCUAUAGUAUAAUAUAUAGUCUUGGUGUUUAAUUGAAGGGGUGCUUGAAUAUUUUAGUGUUUUAAUACAGGGGUGUGUUUGUAUGUAAUGUUUGUGUUUGAUUGCAGGGGUUGUGUUUGCUUAUAGCCAAAAGUUUAGCCAAAUGUCUCUUUGUAUAGACAGUGUCUGGAGCUGUUUGGCAGAGGGGACAAUAUCUGUCAUGAAGAAGGAAUAGAGAGAAGGGCAAUACACUUCUCCCCCAGUGGUCCUUAGUCCCCCCUCCUCCCCCCAGUGGUCCUUAGUCCCCCCUCCUCCCCCCAGUGGUCCUUAGUCCCCCCUUCCUCCUCCCCCAGUGGUCCUUAAUUCCCCCUACCUCCAGUGGUCCUUAUUUCCCACCUUCUCCCCAGUGAUCCUAGUCCCCCUCCUCCCCCCAGUGGUCCUUAGUCCCCCUCCUCCUCCCCUCCCCAGUGGUCCUAGUCCCUCCUCCUCCUUCCCCAGUGGUCCUUACUCCCCCCUCUCUCCUCCCCCCAGUGGUCCUUACCCUCCUCUUCCCUCCUGCCGGUCUCUCAAUGUAGCGUGGCCGGGUUCACUUUCUGUCAGUCCGCCGGGUACAGGAAACAGAGGUUCCUGUCCCGCUUUCCGCGCUGCCCGGCCACGCUACAUUGAGAGACCGGCAGGAGGGAGCGCUCUGCGCUUCUCUCCUGCUGGUCACUCAAAUCCGGCUGCCCUCCAUACAGCAUUGCUGCGCCGCCUGAGGCUUGCUAAAGCGCUCAGGUGGCGCAGCAUGUUGGAGCCGCACCGGUGAUUCCUGGUGCAGGGAUCCGGCGCCCCUGCUAAGUUGCGCCCUAGGCAGCUGCCUAGGUCGCCUUACAGGUAGCGCCGGCCCUGUGUGUGUAUUCAGCAGUCGGUGUGUGUGUGUGCGUGUAUUCGGUGUGCGCGUGUAUUCAGCAGUCGUGUGUGAAUGUGUUCAGCAGUCUGUGACUGUAUUCAGCAGUCUGUGUGUAUGUAUUAUAUGUAUGAAUUGCAUUUGUUGGAGGUACCAAUAAUUUUUAUCGAUAAUUUAAAUUUUAUUCCUGUGAGUUGCUGUGUAGGAAGGGCAAAAAAAAUUGGAGAAAGAAAGAAAAGAGAUUGGAAGGGGGAGACACUAUCAAAAAACUGGGGACUGAAUGAAGAUGUGGGAUUGCCCACCGUGCCACUAACUGGUCUUGUCCCAAGUUUUACUGGUUACGAUGCUUACAAUGACACUUUAUAAUAACAGCCUUCUAAACUAGUCCGCAUCCAGCGUAAUGCAUACUAAACAUAACACUGUUUUCCUCUUCCUCUGUCCAAUUUUCUUCCAUCCCCUUUGCUUCUCCUCCACCCCGUCCCUUUCCCUCUAUACCCUCCUCUAUUUUGUUGUUUAGAGUAUUUAAUUAAUUCAUCUGAGAUAUCCUUAUGCUAGAUAUACUUGACACUAAUGUUAUUUCACGUGUAUUCUUAUAUUGUUCAUUAUUAUUUAUGCCUCCUUUUCUUUCAAUAAAAUGAAUUAAAACAAAACAAAAAACUUUUGUAUGUUGAGUGUAAAAUUUUCUCACAUAUGCCAUGACUAUAGUAGAACCAUUUAUUUUAGCGUUACUUUGAUCAAUGCAAUAAACCUUCCUUUUUCUCCUUCUAAAUAAACAAUCCUCAACGUUCUAAACAACUGGACGCCAUACACGGAAGAGCAAUCCUAUUGGUUGUAAAGUGUUUGAGGCGCGACCUAUCCUAUCGUUACUUUCUCUGUCAGUUUACAGUCCGCAGCUGCGCUAAAAAGCUUGGUCCUUUGUGCUCAGCGAUUGGCUACACGGGUCGGUGACGUCACUGACCUGUCAGUGGUGUUGUCUGUGCAGUGAUUGCGCUAUAUUUGCUCCCUUUCUAAGAGCAGGAGACCGUGAAGCCGCAUAGUAGCAGGAGCAAGGUGAGUUUAGUUACCCAAUACAGGAUUGUGUUAGGGUUGGCUGAGCAUUAUGGGAAGCAUAGUCCACAGCACGCAAAGUGCCAAAAAUGAUUUAAUACUCCUAUAGAUAGUAUUCUCUUACUUUUUCCCCCCUCUGUUUACCCAUUACAUAGAGGUUAUCUUAAAAAUUAUGUUUUCCCCUUCUUUUCUAAUGUCAUAUUAUUAUGUAUUAUAUAUAACAUUUUUAAUGGUGUUACAUUUUAAUGUUAAUAAUCAAAUGGUUAUACAACUGAAAUGACUAUUAAAAAUCUGAUAUGAUAACACUGUAAAUUUUAAAUGAAUGUUUCGUUAUUUAUUUUUACAUUGAGGCUAGUCUGAGAUUAAUGCUGCUUUUCAGCCAUGAAUGGAAAAGUAAGAAAUUUAAAGGAUGCUUAUUUUUUGUUUUUUUUUAUAUAUAUAAUUGUUUGUCAUGUCUGGUGUAAUAUAUACUUUGCUUUACCUUGUGAGGCAGAUUUGGGUAGUGUAGCUGAGUUGUACAAAGAUUCCAGUAAAGAAACUCUCUACUGUGUAAUAAUGUACAUAUAUAGCAUGUGUCUUAACGUUUUAUUAUUUUGUUAAUAUUAUAUAGAAUAAUAUAUCAUUAUAAUCACUGUGUAUCUAUAGACUGCAAGCUAACUCACACUAAAGUGCCCAAAGAGACCUAAACAGGGGACAGGGAAGACAAUUUUGGUCUGUGUUAGGUUGUGCCUUGGCACAUCCCUUGUGUACACACCAGUAAGAGUACUUUUAUACCAGGCCUUUUUUUUUUUACUGUGGAUACUAAGGGACAUGUGUACAAUGUGUCUUUAUAAAGUAAGUUGCUGCUGUCAGUGGUAUUGUUAAAAGAGGAAUUAUUGUUUACUUUUGCCUCAGUUUGGAAAGGUAUGUUUCUGAAAGCAGAUAGCAAGCAUACACAUCUUCCUUUUUACUAUCAAUACAAGCCCUCCACCCUUAUAAACAUUUGAUAAUCAGGCCUUAGAGUUCAAGAGUGUUAAGCAGGCCUUCAGAAAAACAUUACACUUUGUGAGAUAUCCCUGGUUCUUUGAAACUCUCCUUGGUGUUGAAACAUUUUUCUCUAAUUUAAAAAUGUCAUCCCUGUCAUUGCAGAACAAACAAAAUGCUUGUUGAGGUAACCCGUGGUUGAUGAUUCUGAAAAAUAUUGAAUGUGCCACUUUCUUAAAAUGGUCGCUGUCUUACAUGAUGCAUCUUCUAUAUAUCUUUCAUGAAAGUCAAUCCUCUCUUUUUUUGGUUCUUCCUGAUUUUUCUGUCUGUUUUAUUCGAGUUAGUACAGUUCAAUAAAAUUAUUUAUAUAGUGAAAAGUGUUCCAGCUCAAGAUAUUACUUUAUUUACAAAAAAUAUUUAAAACAUCCAAAGCAGUCAAGUAAUGACAUAUUAACUCACAUCUUGAUAAAGUACAUGUGAAUACAUCCGAAAUGUGUUAAUUGCAAAUUUUGCUAAAAGGAAGUCUCUAAACUUCUAUGUGAGCUAAUAGGCCAUUGCUUGUCUACUUUGGAUGCUGUUAAAUAUUUUUGGAAAUUAAGGAAUUUUUGUUUCUGUUUUUACAUUUUUAUUUAUGUGUGCAAUGAUACAUUCUCAGAUACUGAGACUGUAAAAAAAGACUAGCAUCCAAGAAAAAUAAUACGAUAUGUGUGCAUAUCAUACACCAAAAGACAAAUACAAAGAUGUAUCAAUAAGGGAUGUGAUACACGUGGUGAAAUAAAUGCACAUUUUUAGAAUUUCAAGAACUCAGUAGUCAAUAUUGCUUAAAUUAGACCUAUGCCGUCGAUGUUCCAUAUAUGAGGAAUAUGAAUAAUAAAAGCUAUGCUGCAUUUAGCAAGAUAAUUUAUACCCAGGCAAGGGUAGGUGUGUCGCUAGCAGCAGAAAAUUUGGCAGAAUCGACUGUGACCAGUAUGACAGGCAGGGCUGGCGCUACCAUAAUACAGCUGCCGUGGGGAACUCCUUUAGGGGGGGCGUCAGAGGGCUAUAAAGCUAGGGAUUUGCAAGCAGAAGUAAAGUAGUACUAGUAGUAAGAGGUAGCCCGAAAUAUAUAGAGAAUGUCCUGGGGCUCUACUCCAGAUAUAUAGAGAAUGUCAUAGGGCUCUACUCCUGAUGUAUAGAGAAUGCCCGGGGUCUCUACUCCUGAUGUAUAGAGAAUGUCCUGGGGCUCUACACCUGAUAUACAGUACACUCCUCACAUUUUUAUAAAUAUUUUAUUAUAUAUUUUCAUGUGACAACACUGAAAACAUGACAAUCUGCUACAGUGUAAAAUAGUAGGUAUACAGCCUGUAUAACAGUGUAAAUUUGAGUCCCCUCAAAAUAACACACAGCCAUUAAUGUCUAAACCGUUGGCAACAAAAGUGAGUACACCCCUAAGUGGAAAUGUCCAAAUUGGGCCCAAAGUGUCAAUAUUUUGUGUAGCCACCAUUAUUUUCCAGCACUACCUUAACCCUCAUGGGCAUGGAGUUCACCAGCUUCACAGGUUGCCACUGGAGUCCUCUUCCACUCCUCGAUGACGACAUCACGGAACUGCCCCACCUUCCAUUUGAGGAUGCCCCAGAGAUGCUUAAUAGGGUUCAGGUCUGGAGACAUGCUUGGCCAGCCCAUCACCUUUACUUUCAGCUUCUUUAGCAAGGCAGUGGUCAUCUUGGAGGUGUGUUUAGGGUUGUUAUCAUGUGGGAAAACUGGCCUGCAGCCCAGUCUCCGAUGGAAGGGGAUUAUGCUCUACUUCAAUAUGUCACAGUACAUGUUUGCAUUCAUGGUUCCCCCAUUGCCGGCAGCACUCAUGCAGACCAUGACACUCCAACCACCAUGCUUGACUGUAGGCAAAACACACUUGUUUUUGUACUCCUCACCUAGUGGCUGCCACGUACGCUUGACACCAUCUGAACCACAUAAGUUUAUCUUGGUCUAAUCGGGCCACAGGACAUGAUUCCAGUAAUCCAUGUCCUUAGUCUGCUUCUCUUCAGUAAACUGUUUGCAGGCUUUCUUGUGCAUCAUCUUUAGAAGAGGCUUCCUUCUGGGAACGACAGCAAUGCAGACCAAUUUGAUGCAGUAUGCAGCGUAUGGUCUGAACCUCUGCAGCAAUACUGGCAGCACUCAUCUGUCUAUUUCCCAAAGACAACCUGUGGAUAUGAUGCUGAGCACGUGCACUCAAGUUCUUUGGUUGAUUAUGGCAAGUCCUGUUCUGAGUGGAACCUGUCCUGUGAAACCACUGUAUGGUCUUGCCCACCAUGCUGCAGCUCAAUUUCAGAGUCUUGGAAAUCCUCUUAUAGCCUAGGCCAUCUUUAUGUAGAGCAACAAUUCUUUUUUUCAGAUCCUCAGAGUUCUUUGCCAUGAGGUGCCAUGUUGAACGUCCAGUGACCAGUAUGAGAAAGUGUAAGAGCGAUAACACCAGAUUUAACACACCUGCUUCACAUUCACAACUGAGACCUUGUAACACUAACGAGUCACAUGACACUGGGAAGAGAAAAUGGCUAAUUGGGCCCAAUUUGGACAUUUCCACUUAGAGUUGUACUCACUGUUGUUGCCAACGGUUUAGACAUUAAUGGUUGUGUGUUGAGUUAUUUUGAGGGGACAGCAAAUUUACACUGUUAUACAGGCUGUACACUUACUACUUUACAUUGUAGCAGAGUGUCGUUUCUUCAGUGUUGUCACAUGAAAAGACUACUCCUGGAGACUCCGCUUCUUUAGAUAGAAAACUAUUUUGAGCUAGGCUCUUUCCCAAUUCACUUUACCAUUUCUGAGUAAACUGUGGAGGAUCAUCGUAGGCGAUAGAGAUUAACCAUGAACUGUGGUAGGUUAACAGGUGAGGCACAGCAAGACCCCGUCUCUUUUCAGUUUAUGUAGCAAAGAGUUAGGGUCUCUGCUCUUUCUUCCACCCAAAUGAACGAGUAGAUGUCCAAUUGUAUGAACUUCCCUGUUAUUUAAAAAUAUGUUUGCUUAUUUCUUUUAACCCUUCAUUUGCAGUAUUAAAGGAGUGUACCUUUAACCCCUUAAGGACAGGUGACAUGUCAUGAUUCCCUUUUUAUUCCAGAAAAUUGGUCCUUAAGGGGUUAAAUCUGUAAUGUCGUAAAUGAUUUGUUUUUUUCUCUCCCUUUUACUUUAAUAUGGAAUCUAUUGACCACUGUAAAUAUAUCCAUACAUUUUUGUUGUUGGUUUUUUGUUUUUUUUCCAUACCAGCAUGUGAGUGUUUAUACAUGCAUGACAUAUUAUUUAAACAUUGUUCUUUUUCUUUAAAGGGACACUAUAGUCACCAGAAGAACUACAGCUUAUUGUAUUUGUUCUUGUGAGUAGAAUCAUUCUCUUUAGGCUACAUUACAGCAUAGCAAUACCUCCACUGGCCACUCCUCAGAUGGCUAUUUGAGGUGCUUCCUGAGGCAGUGCUGCACAAUGUGCAACACUGCCAUUUAGUGUUCCCACCCUCUGCGUGGAGACACUGAACUUUUCUCAUAAAGAUGCAUUGACUCAUUUUUAUUUCUAUAAGGAGAUGCUGAUUGGCCAGGGCUGUGUUUGGCUUGUGCUGACUCUACCCCUGAUCUGCCUCCUUGACAGUGUAAGACAAUUCUAUGGGAAAAUAUUGUGAUUGUCUCGGAACAACACUUCUGAUGAUAGCCAAGCAGGUAGAUCGGGGCAGAGUCAGCAUCUGCAGACUUGAACAAAAGUAAGAUAUUACUAUAUCUAGAGGUGCAAGGGAGGACCAGGGGAGCUGGAUGGUGGUUUUAACACUAUAGGGUCAGGAAUACAUGUGUGUUCCUGAUCCCAUAGUGUUCCUUUAAUUUUUCAAAAUGAGGGGGCUAUGAAAAAGCUAGCUUACAUUAGCUGCAGAACUAGAGUUUGCAGAUUCUGUAACCCUUCCCCAAUUCAGAACAGUCUUUCUGAUUAUGUGCUAAAUUUUGUCCAGUCAAAUGCUUCUGAUUGUGAAAUCCUGCUGACAAAUCAUGCAUGCACACAAUUGACCAAUCAUACACGUUUAUAUUAACAUAUCAGAGAAAUAUAAUGCAAUUUUUGUGGAUUGUGAUUUUCAAUACAACUAAGAAAAAAUUCUGUUGUGACAGAUUUUUCUCAGGGCAGCCAAAAUUUGCUUUGGAAUCACGUAUCCCUUGACAGUAAUGUAUUUGAUGGAUCACCGUUGAUACAGAAGGAUACAGUAACUAUGAGAUUCUCUGUUAGCAGGUAAUCUUAUAACAAUCACACAGUAGAAAGAUGCUGUGUUUUGUUUUUUCGUGCCUUGAAUAUUCCUGUUCAUUGCUAACCAUAACUUCAAUACUGAACUAGCACAGCCGAUGGCAAGCAGGCUGACACAAGGACAUCACUUUCAUAGGCUAUACACUGCAAGAAAAAAAUGGCAAGAUUAGUAAGUGCUGUGUGCUGUAGCUCAUUGUGUUCACGAUAACCAAGGAAAACAGGCCUGCUUUCUAAUCUCUGACUUCUAUUCAGGGAAAGGACAUUUAUUUCCUUUAAUGGGAAUCUGUCAUCCAUGUAUUACAUAAUAUGUACUAGCCUUACCCGGCCAGAGCUUCUGUGCGUUGGUACUUUAACUCCUUCCUGUGUCUUUCACUCCCUGGUUCUGCUGGCCACAACCACAGCAGCAUCUUACAUUGUUGUGUCUGCUCCUUCCUGUGUUGUCGCUGUUUCAUAUAACUGGCACAACCAUACACUCAUCAUUGCCAUUGCUAAGUCCUCUUCGUCCCCCCCCUUAAUAUUUCAUAAAGCCCACUGUUUUUUGAUGUUACUAUGUCUUCUCCUGCUGGAGCCUGUUAGGGUGGAACCACAUUUUAUUUUGGUCGACAGUCACAUUCUCUUAAUAGAGUCCAAUCUCUUUUAGAUAUCAAGGCAUAAACAAGUGUUCUGUGGGGAAAAGUGCCAUGUAUGAGGAGCAGUGGCAUAGCUAGAGCUUUUGCGGCCCAGGGCUGUCCCUGAGUUUGCCGCCCCUAUCUCGACCCAAAUACAAAAUCUUUUCCAUCACAAAUUUAAUAAUUAAACAAGUUGCAAUACAAUUGUCAGUUUCACUGAUAAAGUGGCUAUGUAUAAUUAUUGGUGAAACUGACAAUUGUAUUGGCACUUAUUGAAUGAAACAAAUCAUUUUUGGGGAAAAAUAUUUUCUAUUUGCACUUUGGUGCAAGGAGAGAGGGGAUCUGUGAAUACAGGGAGAGAGGGGGUCUAUGCAGAAAGGGGUCUCUGAGAGAGAAAGGGGACUGUGCAGGGAGGGAGGGGGUCAGUAAGAGUGUAAGGAAGGAGGGAGUGGGGCUGUGCAGGGUGCAGGGAAUAAAGGAGGGGACCAGUGCAGAUGAGGGGGUCUGAGCAGGGAGGGAGGGGGCUGUGAAGGGAGAGAGAGGGGAUCUGAGUAGGGAGUGAGGGGGAUGUGAAGGGAGAGAGAGGGGAUCUGAGCAGGGAGUGAGGGGUCUGUGAAAGGGGGAGAGAGGGGAUCUGAGCAGGGAGUGAGGGGUCUGUGAAGGGGGCGAGAGGGGACUUGAGCAGGGAGGGUGGGGGUCUGUGAAGGAGGGGUGCAGAGGGGGAGGGGGUCUGUGAAGGGAGAGAGAGGGGAUCUGAGCAGGGAGACAGGGGUCUGUGAGGGUGCAGGCAGGGGCUCUGUGAGGGUGCAGGCAGCUGUCUGAGAAGGGGAUGUGAGGAUGCAGGCAGGGGGCUGUGCAGCAAAAAAGCAUACCUGUUGACUUUGCCAGCACUCUGCAGCAUAGACAUAGAAUACCUAGACGUCGCAUUCCGUACUGAGCGUCGAGGAAUGCGGGCGCCAUCUUGGACCGGUCGCCACUCUACUGAAGCUAUUCAAGAACCCUUAGAAAGUCCAUCUCCCAAAAGGUCAGUGAAGGACUUGGGGCACUUAUAGUCCUUAAUACCCCUACCCCUUAAUACCCCUAGUCCUAGUCCUUAAUACCCCUACUCCUAGUCCAACCCUUCAAUACCCCUAGUCCUUAAUACCCCUACCCCUACAGUGUUAAUAGCACUAUCCCACCACACAUAGUCCUUAAUACAGUGUUACUACCCCAGCACACACAGUGUUAAUACACAUAGUGUGCUGGGGUAGGGGUAUUAACACUUUGUGUGCUGGGGUAGGGGUAUUAAUGACUAGGUGUGCUGGGAUAGAGGCUGGGGUAGGGGUAUUAACACUGUAGGGGUAGGGGUAUUAAGGGGUUGGACUAGGGGUAUUAAGGACUAGGACUAGGGGUAUUAAGAGGUAGAGGUAUUAAGGACUAUUAGUGCCUCAAGUCCUUCACUUACCUUUUGUGAUAUGGACUUUCUAAGGGUUCUUCAAUAGCUUCAGUAGAGCGGUGACCGGUCCAAGAUGGCGCCCGCAUUCCUCGACGCUCAGCAUGGAAUGCCAUAGACAUGCGGCGUCUAUGCUCCGCAGGACAGGAGGAGAGCACAGGAAGUUAUCUCACUUCCCAUCCUCCUGCCCCGCCUCUUCCCCUCUCUCUCUGCACCGCACGGAGGAGACCUGGGAAGCAGAGCAGAAUCUCUGCCAGGUCUCACUCAGAAGAUUGGAGGAGGGUCAGUACUGGAAGGAGCAGGGACAUUAAAACAGCCCCCCAAAAAGUGCCACCUGGGGUGGACCGCCCCCCCUUACUACGCCUGUGAUAAGGAGCAAUCACCUUGAAAACAAAAAGAAAAUCAAACAGUUAUGAUCAGAAAAGUGGAGCAAAGUUUUGAAUGUGAAGCCAUCUCCAUGGAAACUGGUGAUUACUUUGCACCACAUUCCAGAUAAUGAUGCUGUUACAUUUCCCCCAGUGUCUUGCAACAUUUACCACAUUGCCCCAAGGACCACCUGUUUUUCAUUGGUAAUUAUGUCCUCAUAUUGUUUUGCAUGUUGUGUCGUAUUUUAAUAAAAUUAUGUCUGUGGCUCGUUCCAUGUUGCCGAGCAUUUUUUCUCCCUCAUUUUUGUUUUACUGCAGAUGGUAAACAUUUCGUUUUCUGGUUUUCAAAGUGAAGCUUAAUACUAAUCACCUACCUAAAUAUUGUACUAUUCACACACAAUUUAAUGGUAUAUUCUUCCUGCAUUGUUUAAUUCAUUUUAGAAAAGAAACAUGUCUUCUUCAGAUGACUGGACACCUGAAGAACUGGACAGCACUUCUUCGAAACUUCUCCGGAAAUCUCAGGAGUCUCCCUUCGUCCCAGCAGGUAAAUAUCAAUAAAUAGCUUUGUAUUAAGGGGGACAUUUGUCAGGUACUUAAAUGGAUGUCCCAGACCACCCAUUUACUGUCAUGCAAAAUAUAGAUGAUCUUUGCAUAAGCAAUUAGAAAAUUAACACAAUCUUCUAUUUCCCCCUCAAGCUAUCUCUAGUCCGUCCACUUCCUCUCUGAUAAAUUCUCUUUAGUGGGUGUUCGGUACAGAUUCUAGUGCACAUGACCAUUGCCCAUUAAUACCAAUGGAAAGAACUUGCACUUGAAUGGAACUUAUUGAGAGCUUACUUUGCGUACUCUAUUAGAUUCAAUGGAAGAUCAGGGAUUACCUUAGAGCAUCCAGCAUUUCCUUUAAGCAUGCCAACAUCAGAAAAGGCAAAUUGUGAAAUCUCAAAAGUAUUUUACAUGAAAAUGGAGAGGGUUUUUCACAUUUUGUUUGAUUUUUCAAGGUCCCAUAUGGAGCAUGCAUUGGUUUUCGAAAAAUGUCUCCCCACAAAGCAAGAGGGGGGGAGACACUGUACUGGCUUUGGUUGUUAAGAUCGGGGAUAAAGUAAAUCUAAAUCGCAACCUGUUAAACAAUGCUUAGAAUCGUAUGAAAAAUAAAGAAUAAAAAAAAAAAAAAAUGCUUAGAACUAAAGGGGGUAAAAAGAAGGGUAUCCUGCUACUUAAUCAAAAAAGUCUCCAAUAUUCUCCAUCAUAGAACUACUUUAUUGAUAUACAAAAUAAAAAGGGGGAGCAAUGGGUGAAACAGGAUAUCAAUACACCCACUUCUGUUCCUGCGUAAUGCCCACCCCAUCUUGAACACUAGGGAGAUGGCUUACCGCCGAUAAAAUGGGAGGAUCUUUGGGCGGAUUAGAAGAUAUUUCUAACCGCCCAUCACUACGUAUAUGUCCCGCCCUCAUAUGAUGACUCCUAUUGUGAGGGUGUGAACCGGCAACAUUCCGAUCAGGAGGGGAGGAGCUAGGGGCGUUUUGGUGAAGUCACGCCGCCCACUACCCGCCUCCUUUUUCGUUCAUUUUAUUUUUCUUUAUAUUUAUAUCUUUUGGGUCCAAGCCCCAUUUGGGUGGAUCUGGCACCACCCAUAGAAUGUGACGGCAGAUAAGAACCAUUCGGCCCAUCUGGUCUGCCCUAUUUUCUAAAUACUUUCAUUAGUCCCUAGCCUCUAGUUAGGAUAGCCUUAUGCCUAUCCCAUGCAUGCUUAAACUCCUUUACUGUGUUAACCUCUACCACAUCAGCUGGAAGGCUAUUCCAUGCAUCCACUACACUCUCAGUAAAGUAAUACUUCCUGAUAUUAUUUUUAAACCUUUGUCCCUCUAAUUUAAGACUAUGUCCUCUUGUUGUGGUAGUUUUUCUUCUUUUAAAUAUAGUCUCCUCCUUUACUGUGUUGAUUCCCUUUAUAUAUUUAAAUGUUUCUAUCAUAUCCCCCCUGUCUCGUCUUUCCUCCAAGCUAUACAUGUUAAGAUCCUUUAACCUUUCCUGGUAAGUUUUAUCCCGCAAUCCAUGAACCAGUUUAGUAGCCCUUCUCUGAACCCUCUGUAAGGUAUCAAUAUCCUUCUGAAGAUACGGUCUCCAGUACUGUGUACAAUACUCCAAGAGAGGUCUCACCAGUGUUCUGUACAAUGGCAUGACCACUUCCCUCUUUCUACUGCUAAUACCUCUCCCUAUACAACCAAGCAUUUUGCUAGCAUUUCCUGCUGCACUAUUACAUUGUCUGCCUACCUUUAAGUCAUCAGAAAUAAUCACCCCUAAAUCUCUUUCCUCAGUUGUUGAGGUUAGGACUCUAUCAAAUAUUCUGUACUCUGCCCUUGGGUUUUUACGUCCAAGAUGCAUUAUCUUGCACUUAUCCACAUUAAAUGUCAGUUGCCACAAUUCUGACCAUUUUUCUAGUUUACCUAAAUCAUUUGUCAUUUGGCUUAUCCCUCCUGGAACAUCAACCCUGUUACAUAUCUUAGUAUCAUCAGCAAAAAGACAUACCUUACCAUCAAGACCUUCUGCAAUAUCACUAAUAAAAAUAUUAAAGAGAAUGGGUCCAAGUACAGAUCCCUGAGGUACCCCACUGGUGACAAGUCCAAGCUUCGAAUAUAUUCCAUUAACUACAACCCUCUGUUGCCUGUCACUCAGCCACUGCCUUACCCAUUCAACAAUAUUGGAAUCCAAACUUAAAGAUUGCAGUUUAUUAAUAAGCCUUCUAUGUGCAACAGUGUCAAAAGCCUUACUGAAAUCUAGGUAAGCAAUGUCUACUGCACCACCCUGAUCUAUAAUUUUAGUUACCCAAUCAAAAAAAUCAAUAAGAUUAGUUUGGCAUGAUCUCCCUGAAGUAAACCCAUGUUGUCUCUGAUCUUGAAAUCCAUGUGUUUUUAGAUGUUCAUCAAUCCUAUCCUUUAACAUGGUUUCCAUCACUUUCCCCACUACUGAAGUAAGGCUUACUGGCCUAUAGUUGCCCGACUCCUCCCUAUUACCUUUCUUGUAAAUGGGCACAACAUUUGCUAACUUCCAAUCUUCUGGGACUACUCCUGUUAACAAUGAUUGGUUAAAUAAAUCUGUUAAGGGUUUUGCUAGUACACCACUAAGCUCUUUUAAUAGCUUAGGGUGUAUUCCAUCAGGUCCCAUUGACUUAUUUGUCUUUACUUUUGACAGUUGAAAUAGAACCUCUUCCUCUGUACACUCACGUGGUCUACUAUGUCAAACCCCACUGACUACUGUGUGUUUAUCCCAUUUGCCACUUUCUUUGUUUGCAUCUUGCAUUGGAUUUCUCAUUUUAUUGGGAGCAUAUUUUAUUUAAUGUCAUAUUAUCAAAAAUGCUUAUUAAAUAUAUAAUUUUGUAUAGCUAAUUUCACAUUGGGGCUGCUAUGAGACAUGGGAUACAUCUCAGUAAUUACAUUUCAAUGCACUGUGGAUUGUCUCAAAUUUGGCCUUGUCGCCUCCAAAAAAGAAGCAAAUUACUAAAUGCAUGUGCGACAUUGCCCUGCACCUGGGAUUUAGGUAAAUAUGUUUGGUGAAAUAGAAGAGAAAACUGGCUCAUAAUACUAAAUGUUGCUAUUUUAAAAUAUAUUAAAAUUGUUAAAAAGGUUUAAUGGAACUUUCAUUCAGAUCAUGGGAGAUUUUGGACAUCUUUUUAUGAUCUCCCAACCAACCAAAAUAGGAGGAUUAAAACUAUAGCAUUAGGAAUUCAUGUUUGUAUUAUUAACACUAUAGUGUUCCUUUAAGCUGCAGUGACCUAUUUUACCUUCUUUGCCUGCAUCCCAUUAAAAGUUUGCAAUGACAUCCAAAUUGGCAUGGAAUAAGGAGACUUAAAGGGACUCUCCAGUGCCAGGAAAACAAAUCCGUUUUCCUGGCACUGCAGAAUCCUGCAGUGCCCCCCUGCCUACCAUCCCUCAUCCUAUGUUGCUUAAGGGGUUAAAAUCCUUUCGGUGACUUACCUGAAUCCAGUACUGAUGUCCCUAUGUCAGCCGGUGGGGGAGACCAAAUGCGAAUGCGCACACAUUAGACCUCCCCAUAGGAAUGCAUUAUUCGGUGCUUUCCUAUGGGGAUUCUGGCGACGCUGGAGGUCCUCAUGCAUAGCGUGAGAACGUCCAGUGUCGUUUAAAACACUUUUCGUAUUUUAAGAAGCUGGAAGUCCCUCUAGUGGCUGGAAGUCCCACUAGAGGAGGACUUAACCCUGCAAAGUAAUUAUUGCAUUUUAUAAAAACUGCAAUAAUUACACUUGCAGGAUUAAGGGUGAUGGGAGUUGGCACCCAGACCACUCCAAUGGGCAGAAGUGGUCUGCGUGCCUGGAGUGUCCCUUUAACAAGAGCUAUUUUCCUUGCUUUUGCCAAGGCCUUUGACAUAGUAGACCAUGGCAUUCUUUUGCAAAAAUGUAAAAACUCAGGCAUUGGUGAUCGUCCGCUAAUCUGGUUUUGAUCGUAUGUUUCAUACCAAUGGCAAUAUGUGACCAUUUCUAAUAGCGCUUCCCUCCCUCUUCCAGUCAUGUGUGGUGUUCCGCAAGGCUCCAUACUCUCGUCCCCCUGCUAUUCACAUUAUUUAUAAAUGAUCUGCCUAAUGUCUGCAAAUCCUCAACCGUACACAUGUAUGCAGACGACACUGAAAGCUACGCUAAUAAACCCAAGCUACCGCAGCUUAAGGCUGUGCUCCCAAACUAAUUCACAGAGGUAGAAAAGUGGAUAGCGGAUAACAAACUCUUCCUAAACAAUGACAAAACUGUUACAAUGAUCUUUGGAACUGUACCUAAAUUAUGUAAACCACAAAAUCAACAACUCUGUAUUAGAACAAAUUCAAAUAAAACACUGACAGCAGUCUGCUCUUUUAAAUAUCUAUAUUUGCUAGACCCCAAUCUAUCCUUUGGCCUUCACGUUGAAAAAAUCUUUUCAAAACUUUACCCAAAACUAGGUGCCCUGUACAGAAUUAAAUCCUGCCUAAGCCCUACAGUAAGGAAACAGAUAGUGCAACAAAUGCUAAUGCCGGUCAUUGAUUAUGGGGAUGUAGUGUAUGCACCCGCAUCGCAAACCCACCUUAAUAAACUUAAUACGUUAUAUAAUUCGUUCUGCCGCUUUGUACUAGAAUGUAAUUACUUUACCCACCACUGUGACAUGGUAAAAGAGCUAAAUCUGUUUUCGCUGGAAUCCCGACGCACUCUUCAUCUUUCCAGCCUUGUGCAUAAGAGCAUUUCUGGGAAACUCCCCACCCUACCUGAGUAGAAAGCUCUCCCCGGCUGUUCCCACCUCCUAUAACCUCCGAUCCAGUACCAGCACGAUAUUUAGCAUACCGCAAUACAAAAAUAAGGUGGCUCAAUCCUCAUUUUCCUACAGAGCACUGCAAUUAUGGAAUAACCCCAGGGACACAGUCCAAUCUUCAUUCAAUCUAAAAAAUCUAUGGCAAUAUACCUCAGCACGGAAUGCACCUGUCAUGGUUGAAUAUAUUUAUUACCUGUUGUGUAUUAAAUUUACAACUAUUUUUAUAGUUUGUAUAUUUUGUAAUAUUGUAUCCUAUUGUAACAAUGCAAUGUUUUGUGGACUCAGGACAUACUUGAAAACUAGAAAUCUCAAUGUAUCCAUCCUGGUAAAAUAUUUUAUAAAUAAGCACAGCGUCUUCCCUACAAAAUGUAUAUUGUGCAGUAAGGCACAAGGACUAAAUGUAUUAUAAUAUUACUGUUCCCCACCAGGAUUGGCUGCAUUUACAAUAAAGUGGGGUAGUAAAAUAGAUAAUUUGCGGUUUCUACUGUGGAAUGAAUUUAGAUGUCACAGCCUGACUGAGAUAUCCUGAAAGACACCAAAAACUGUGACAGGCAGUAGCUGUCAUUCCCCUGGAUGGGAAAGUGACUUCUCUCUUCCUUUUCUAUUCAUGUGACACAAUGCAGCUCCUAUUUAAUUUUUGUUGCACACUGAGGAACUUUAAAAAAAAACUCCUCAAAGACUCCUACACAAGUCCAGGCCUAUGAAGUGCCUACUUUACUCCUAUGUCUCUUCAGAAUUGCGUAGUUUCCCUUCCUUUACAUGCAGUGCCUAACAGUACCAGAAUUAUAGGCCCACGUUAUUAGCUUUGCCACGGGAGAGGUUGUGAAUGUCAUCUUUUCCCAUGAUACCCAGACAGCUUUUAGGUUUUUGUGAGCGUCAUUGGAAAUCUAAUUCACAUGCAUAUGCAGUGUCAGCGUUUACCUGGUAGACUAACCCUUAAUCUGUCCGAGCAUCAUGGGAAAUGUAGUUUUUAAAUAUAUGCCAUCACUGGUAUAUGUGGUUGUCUUUGGCAUGAGUAACUGUACAUGAAAUAUCUGAUCACAAUAUCAUAAGAACACAGGUCUAUGUCAGAGCAAUAGCUGCUGCCUGAAAAGUGACACAGAAUGUAAUUAUACUUGGUCGCAAUAAUGUUGUUAAACAAACCAAACCAAAGUUUAUAAUGUCUCAUUUGAUUACAUUUCCCCCAUUAACAUCAACCAAACCAGUUAAAUGACAGAUCACUUUCAUUUUGUCCUGUUGCUGUCAGGCCAGAUCUCAUUAGUGAUAUUUAAUUUACAUGGAGACACUACAUAUAAUCUGUAUUCAUCCUGAACAUUCAAAUCACUGCAUCAACAGCCUGUAUAGCAGUUUGUGAAUUUUAGAACAUCAGUUUAAUCUGUAUGGUAAUAAAGGGCUUAUUUCUGGUUCCCCACAGCUCGUACAUCUAAAUAGGUUAGGAGUCCAUCUAAUGUUAGAAUGUUAUGUAAUGAUAGAAAUAGAAACAUGUAUUUCUUUAAUAAAUGCCAUUUCAAUACACCAUGUUUAUCGCUCAUUUUAAAAAAAAUAUCACCGGAUACAACAAAUUCAGAAUCAGUCAGUCUGAUGCAUUUUGCAAUAUCAGUUGUUUAGUAUACUUUACAGAAGUGUAUUAUUAUUUUCUGUAGUAUUGUCAGUUUCUUUGUUUUUUGUGUUUUUUAUUUUAUUUUCACAUGUAAACAGAUGCAGUGAAGAACAGAUGUAAAUGGUGGCUUCUGUUGAUAUUUAAUUGACAUUAUCCUGUUAAGAACAUGCGUGUGUGUGUGCUUUUAAACAGCACAUAGUAGCUCUUAUCCCAUCAAGGUCUGUGUGAUCAUUCUUCAUUAGUUCUAUUUAAUAACAAAGCAAUUUAAUUAGCAUGCCAAGCAGACCGUUUGAAAGACUCCAGGAACAUCACCUUGUAUAAAUGGCCCUUUCAUGAGCUUUGGUCAUUUUUGUGCUUUCAAUCCCUAUUUUCUCUGCGGUGGAGGAAAAUGUAGCAUUGCCUGCAGAUAUUCACGUCUUAAAGACAGGAAAAGGGAUGUGCUUUCAUACUAGCAACUGUCCCGAUUUUCAUGGGAUAGUCCUGUUUUUUGGGUCUUUCUCAAUAUUCUUAUUGUACUGAGACUUAGAUCCCACAUUUUAGAAAAUGUAAUUUUCAAAAAAUAAUUUUGAUUUAAGAUUCUUUAUUUUAUAGAAAAAAACCUAAUUAAAAAUAGAAGAUAAAUUGAUAGAUGUUUUGGGCUCAUUUCCAAUGUUUUUGCUACUUGCAGGUACUCUGUAAAGUGUCUGCCUUUACUGGUAGUUGUAACGGCUGUUUACUGACUACAAACGUUUUCACAAGUGGUGACUGGGAUUUACUAUUCACUAUGGUCAACACUCCUAUAAACGACUUACUUGAUGGCACUGCUGCAAAGUUUUCUUGGGCAUUUUUUUCCAAAAAUUGGCAACUAUGUUAAAUUAAGCUUUACCUUAUAAUACACUAAAACACACAUAUAAGGCAGAGUGUGGCUUAACUUGUUUAGCUGAGCAUCAUGGGAAAUAUAGGCCACUACGACCUGUAUGCUGAAUAGUAAAGAGAUACUCUUAAGCACCAAAACAAGUGGUUUUGGAGUGUAAUUAUGUCUAUGUAGUCCACUGCUAAAUGUUAUGCUAUUUAGGAGUUGUCACUUCAUUUAUGCAGCUUUAGCCACACCGCUCCUGGUUGUCCGGUAUAACUAAAGUUGUUAUGGUCCUUAGUGUUGUUUAACCAUCAUCACUGUGCAGGUCUUUUUUCUUUCUUUAUGUUAACCCCUUAAGGACCAGACUUCUGGAAUAAAAGGGAAUCAUGACAUGUCACACAUGUCACGUGUCCUUAAGAGGUUAAAGAAAUUCUGAAAUUGUGAUUUAAGACUCUAGAAAAAGUACAUUUACAUUUAGCAGAGAGUUGUAGUGAUUUUAGUGCCCAGACUGACCUUUUAAUAUUGUUGUAGAUCGUGGAUAUAGUGUGAUAAAUUGCUAGGUGUCUUGGUUUGUCAAAAAAAUAGGUCUCUUCCUGUACCCAAAGCCCAGUUCUUUUGUCCUCUCCAAGAUUGAGAAGUUUAAUUUCCAAAUUCAUUAUUAACAGGACACCUUGGACCUCUAAAACAAUUUAAGCUUGCUGAAAUUCUCUAUGUGUGAAGUGUCUUUUUUUAAUUUUACAAAAAGUGCAGAUUUCCAUGGACCUUGACAGCUUUAUAAAUUCGCCUGGUUACACCCCCUGGCUUUCAAGCAGAAAACAAGUUUUGUUACUUCCUGAUUUUUUUUUCAGCUCAGUAAAGCUAAACUCAACUCAAGAGGCAGGCAGCUGCUCAGAGCACCUAUCCACAGAAGGUCUAGGCUAGAUUAGAAGGUGAGGGCAUGCAAAGCCAGCCGGUGAGAGAUCUGUAGCUUUUGAAAGCAAUUUUUAGAUACACUCCCUAUGAACAAAUACCUAAUAAUACAUAUUGUAAGCUGUUAUUUUUUUUUUUUUUACUAUAUAUUACAGUGUAUGAUGCCAUUUUGUGUUAUAUUGUUUAUCCCCCCCACACACAUACGCUAUAUAUUAUAUAUCACACAGUAUAUUAUAUGUAUUAUUACAAUAUAUUAUAUAUCACACAGUAUAUUGUAUUUUUCAUUACUAUAUAUUAUAUAUUUAUAUUAUACAUUAUACAGUAUAUUAUAUUUAUUAUUACUAUACAUUUACACUGUAUAUUAUAUUUAUUGUUAUUAUACAUUAUAUAUUACACAGUAAAGUAUAUUUAUUACUAUAUAUUACACAGUGUAUGAUGCCCAUGUAGUGUUAUGUUGUGUGUGUAUAUACACUAUAUAAUAUAUAUAUAUAAAGAUGAAGCUCAGUUUAUCCCCAGGCGGGGGGGGUAAGAGAAGUACCCGGAAGUACCCCUGUACUUCCGGGAUUGCAGGGCCUCAAAUGCUGAUUUCCGUUUCCGUUAUCAAGACCCGAGGCCCACCAGCCCCGUGCUCUCCCACACUGCCACCCUGUAUAGCCCUGCACACCCUCUGCGCCCACUGGGCCGGGAGAGACACUUAGCGCAUCAGCCACCACAAUCUUGGAUCCACGUGUCCUUGCUGACUUCAGCGGAAGUGACCCGUCCUUGGCUACCUGGGCUUAUCACUAUGGAGACGGGAGGAUGCUGAACACUGACAGCCUUUAAAUGCUUCCCCCCCGAUCCAUGGUCCCCCCCUGACCUGUCCCUCCUACAUAACAUGACCAUUCUUCACCUGGUCCAUAGGCGUGAUGGCAUGGGGACAGCGGCUCAUGGUAUAAACCUGCCUCUCAUUCCUCCCCCGUGUAUUGUGAUCUCUCACACUUCUGAUACUUGGAAGUGGUACUAAUGAAAGUAUUUAAAAAAAUUGGGCAGACUAGAUGGGCUGAAUGGUUCUUAUCUGUUGUCACAUUCUAUGUUUCUAUGGAAAUUGUGCCCUCUAAUACUACUGGCUACUAACCGGGCAUUGUGCCCUCUCAUAAGGGAUUGGGGGGUUGGGGGAGGAGUGUAAUUUCCGGAAGAUUUUACCCAUUUCGGUGCAUCCCUAGUUGAAUUCAUUAGGAGUGAGAAGCAUUGGAUGUCACCUUAAUGGUUAUAGUGGAGCCACCCUACAUCUAAAUAGCUUAGAAGUACAUUAGAAUGUUAUGUAAUAUUAGAAAUAGAAACAUGUAUUUCUAAAAUUCUUUAAUAUAAAGUUAAUAGCAAACCGAGCAUUUCAUGGAAAACGGUUAACACAAGUUAUAGUUUAACAGUUCUUUUUAAAGCCCGUAAGAUGCUAAAUGCACAGUAGAUGUUUGUGGUUUAGUCUUUCAGUUCAAAUGGCUUUUCUUGUUUCACCACACAGGAGUGGCUGGCUUCUUGGCUGUUGUGGCAUAUGGCCUGUACAAGCUACGUAACCGUGGAGACCAGAAGAUGUCCGUUCAUCUCAUUCACAUGAGGGUUGGUGCUCAAGGAUUUAUUGUUGGUGCUAUGACUUUUGGUAAGCUGAAACCCAGUUAAGGUUAUUUUCAGUAAAUAUAAAAAAGUUAGGCACAAAAAAAAGUCACUGGUUAGAGCAGGAAUCCUGGGUCUGGAUACAAAUCUGGGUCCACGUUGGUUAGAACAAGCACAAAAACAAAAUCAAUAAAAUGUAUAUUUUAGCAACAGUGUCUUUCGAAGUUCAAUGGAGAGCAGUUUGAAACUGAGUUUAAUGAAGUUAUUUUACAUUAACACUGUGAAUUUUAGUAUGUUUUAUUAUAUUUGAAGAUUGUCAUUAAGGUGAUUUUACUAUUUAGGGAUUCAUUCCCAAGUAAUGCUAUGUAUACAGGGCCGCUGUCAGGGGGUGACAACCAUGAUGGUUGUCGCGGCCCUAGGGGGCCCAGCCGCCCAAGCCCCACGUGGAGCUACAAAACUGCCGCAGGUGCAUCUGCACUAGGGCCCAUCAGGUGGCCCAAACAUUUAGUGCCACCCGAAGAGCCCUAUAUUUUCAGGGGCCCAGUCAGCGCUGCGGCCGUGUAAUAGCGUGACCGGGCCCCUUUAAAAAAAAUUGUGGCUGCCCCGCAAGUGCUGCUGGGAGAAAAUGACGGCCGGACACUUCCUCCCAGCUUACUCCGCGCGGGGGGAGAGAGACAGCCGAGGAGAGGCAUCCGCUCCCAUCAUCCCCAGCCACCAUCCUGCAACGAAAAGGUAAGGAAGAGGAGGGUGGCUGAUAAAUGAGGUGUGUGUAUAUGUAUGUGUCUGCAUGUAUGUCUGUAUGUAUGUCUGUUUGUCAGUAUGUAUGUAUGUAUGUAUGUCUGUAUGUGUGUGUGUGUAUGUCAGUAUGUAUGUCUGUGUGUAUGUAUUUAUCUAUCAGUAUGUAUGUAUGCAUGUGUGUGUGUGUGUGUGUGUGUGUGUGUAUGUAUCUGUAUGUGUGUGUAUGUCAGUAUGUAUGUCUGUAUGUAUCUGUGUGUGUAUGUAUAUAUCUGCAUGUGUGUAUGUCAGUAUGUAUGUCUGUAUGUAUGUGUGUAUGUAUGUAUGUCUGUAUGUAUGUGUGUGAAUAUGUAUGUACGUCAGUGUGUGUGUCUGUAUGUCGGUAUGUGCGUGUAUCUUCUUAUGCAUGUGUCUGUAUAUGUGUGUGUUAGUAUGUCUGUAUGUCUGUUUCAGUGUGUGUGUCUGUUAAUAUGUGUGUAACUUUCUGUGUGUGUGUCUGUGUCCUUUUGUGUCUGUGUAUUCCUGUGGGCGAGAUUCCUGUGGGCGAGACAUUGAGCUGUGUUAGGGGCCCCACAAUUUCUGAUGGCGGCCCUGUAUGUAUAUAAUUUGGAUCUAGAAAUAUUCUCUCACUUUGACAGAUUAUUACCUAUAGUAAUCACGUAUUAAAUAUUUAAAUGAUUUUAAUAGUUAAGGUGUUUGGUCAUUGCCAGGUCACACCGAGAGCUCCCCACUACUCUCCAACUAAUCUACAAUAUAUGGGUCGAGUCCGGGGCAAAUCCAACCCCUGUAAAUAAAAUAUGGCGACAAGAGAGAAACACAUUAUAUUUAGGGCUAAAGGCAGAGAAACAAAGAUGUGAGUUAAAUGUGCACCUUAGAGGGGUAGGUGACUCUGCAUGUGGUAUACAAUAUCCAUGAUGCACAGCCAACUCUUAAGGCUGGAUGAACACGAUGUGAAUUGAAAUUCACAAGCAGCUGCAAGGCCUAUGCUUUGAAGAGGUUUGUGAACUUGUAGUCCGCAAGCAUGUGGUGCCUGAUGUUCAAAAUGUACAAUCCUCAUGAUGCUCAAAGACCUGGUUUAAUGUUAUGGGGAUUGCAGUUUUCGAAUCAAUGCAGUGCUUGGCCUUCAAAGAUGUUUGUGAACUUCAAAUCACAUGAUACUCAGACAGCCUAAACAGCAUCACUUCUGUGUUUUGCACAGGAUGCCUGGAUGGCUUGAGAAACUUACGUAUUUUGUUCAAGUCAUGCUUAUGGGUGUUCCUGUAUGAGGCUGUCCAAGGAUUCCUGUUUCAAGAACCUCAUAGAAGUGGAAAGGCAGGGGCAGAGAUAAACAGCGUUAGAGUCAAGACCUCAGGGUUAAACCAUUUGUAAACAGUUGAACUUCAUUCUAAUGAAGUUGCUAUGGUGCCUGGAGUGUUCAGUUGAAGGACUCGAAACUAGGGAAGAGAGUCUGAUAAAACAGGGUAGGGAAUUCCAAAGAAAGGAAUGUGGUAGCCCAUUAAAAUUGAGAGUUGGAAGUGUGGGAACAAGCAGAUGACAAGAGAAGGUCACUGGCAGAGCGAAGUCUACAAUAAGGGAUGUAUUUGCUGAAUAAAUGUAGUGAAGGGUGGAGUUAUAUAGGGCUUAGUAGGUUUGUGAAAGCAAGUUGAAUUGGCUCCUGAGGGGUACAGAAAACAAAUAGAAAGAUUGUCAAAGGGGUGAGGUGUAGGAGUAGCGGUCAAUUAGGAAGAUGAGCCUGGCGGCAACAUUUGGGAAAACUGUGUGAUUAUUCUCAGUGUUUAAAUCCAAAGCCAAUUGCUACCAUGUAUUUCAGCUCCUAGGGUCCACUAAUCAUCCCUACAUUACAUUCAAUGUUUAAAAAGAAAAAGAAAGCAGCGACCGAAAAAGGUUAACAUAGGGAGGUGUGGAGGACAUUAGUCGUCAGUACAUUGCAAGUUUACAUUAACAGAUCUGUUAUUUGAGCGGUAAGAUAAAAUGUUUAUUUACAUUGGUUUCUUUAUUUCCUGUUUUAGGAGUGAUAUACUCCAUGUACAAGGAAUACAUCAAGCCUCGUUUUAGUCAUCCAUCUGAUAAGUAGAAUACAGAAGCGUAUACUCGUGAGAACACAACAGCUACACAUUCACCUGUGUCUGGGACCUGUCUAGCAAAGCAUCUCACAGUUAUUUUCUUUCCAGUGGAUGAAAACACCCUUUGUUUUUAAUGUAGGCGUACCUGUAUUUUACGUGUGUCAGGCGUAGGCAAUAGAAUAAUACUACAGGACAUAAAAAGUGGAACACUUAGAGGAAAUACCUUGGCUGCUAUAGAACUGCAUCUCUCAGAUUGGUAUGCAGCCAUCAAACUGGCAAAGUAACAUGGUAGUUGUGGUUCUACAGCAGCUGUGGAUUAACCUUUGGUUACCUCUGUCUUGUUGAAGGAAUUCAUGUUUCUCUAACAAUGGGCUGCUAGUAUCGUGCAGGGAAAAAUCUUCCUACACACCAUAUUCAUUAAAAACUGCAAUAUUAAAAAAAAAUAUUGCCAGAGAUCAGAGAUGCAAAUGUGAUUUUUUUUUUUUUUUAAAAGAGGAAACAUUGGUGGCCCUAUGCCACUGCAGUAUUGGGCAAGGCCUUUGCAACACAUAAACAGUUGAUAGCACUGAUUAACCAUAGCUAGUUUAAAUUGCCAAAACAGGCCUGAUUAUUAUUUUUAUUAGUGGAGUUGAAGCGGUGAGAAGGUGAGAAAAAGUUUUGGGUUUUUUUGUUUGUUUUUUACUGGUGGUUUGUAGUUAAUAUCUUUAAAAAUCAGAUCAGGUUGAAACUGCAUGCUUCCCUUCAAAUUAUUUAAUAUCUUUGGAUCAACUUUGAAUUUAUUUUCCCAAACAUACUAAAAUAUAAAAAAAUAUAUCAGUGAAAUAUAUCCGUAUAUUAAAAAAAAAAUCUACAUAUGUAAAUAUUUUUAAAACUGUUAAAUAAUUUUAAAAGUGUAUCCACAAAUAUUAAAUCAUUUGAAUAGCUUAGCCAAAUAUAUUAAAUCAAUGCCAAUUUUAGACUAUAACUCCCAUCGCUUUCUGGCUGGCUAAUUGGACAGUGAAAUGUAGGUUUCAAGAAUUAUGUUUUUAAAAUUAAACACAGUUAGCACCUGCAGUUAGUGAACAACCAAGUUAGUUUUUUUGUUGUUGUUUUUGUUUGUUUUUUAACCAAGAAUGUAUGGAAGUUGUGUAGUUUCCAGAUUGUUAUAUUUUUAGAAUGUAUGGAAGUUGUGUAGUUUCCAGAUUGUUAUAUUUUUUAACAUUAUCAGAACGGCAUUACAGAAGAUUAACCUUGUGUUCUACAAGAAACCUUGUAGAAUGUUGUGAGUUGACUAACACCAUUUAGGCAAAAAUAUUUAGAAUAAACACUGUUAUGUUGGUAGUUAAUCCACAAAUCUUGUGGGGGGGUUUUAUAUCACAAUUGCAGUCAUAUUAUUUUGUCAACCAUAUGUUGGGCCAGUAAACAUGUCUUCUUUAACUCUGCUUGAUGUUUGUUUAUGUUUUACAUAUGGAAAUACCACAUUUUGAACAGACCGUUGACAAGUACUUUUUGACAGGGUUACAGAUGCCACUUACACAUAGUCAUACUCUUUCUGUGGUCCUUUUUGUAUGUUCACAUCUUUCCUUAAUGUUAUUGCCAUGCCAGUUCAUCUGACCAAUUAAACUCUGCACAGCUGUUUGGAGAAUGCCAGUGGCUCUGUUGAAUUCAAAUAUGAAGAGGGCUGGAUAUCCCAUUAGGUACCUGCCUACAGGUGCAUGACAAAAAGAGGUGUGAGGGGUGCCUAAUCUGCCUGUUAAAAGCAGCUGACCUCAGUGCUUUGCAGUCUUCCCAGGCAGCAAAUACCAUAACUGAUGCUGCAGGACCCCGUGUUAUGUCUGGGGAGCCUGAUCUCAGCAUAGUUCUGUCCCCUAAGACUCAACACAGCGAUCUCCAGCAAAGAAGAGAAAGGACUGGGGCAUCGUAUAAGCCUUACCGAUACACACACACACACACAAACCCUUACCCACACAGCUGCACACACUAGUACACAUUAUGCUCCCCACAUUGUUACACUGCGGAGCUCACUGAAUCUCCACACUCAUACAAUGUACAUGCUGCUAGCUACGCUGAUACACGUCAACACAUUCACACAGACAUUUUAUAGAAUGUGACGGCAGAUAAGAACCAUUCGGCCCAAUUUUCUAAAUACUUUCAUUAGUCCCUGGCCUUAUCUUAUAGUUAGGAUAGCCUUAUGCCUAUCCCACGCAUGCUUAAACUCCUUUACUGUGUUAACCUCUACCACUUCAGCUGGAAGGCUAUUCCAUGCAUCCACUACCCUCUCAGUAAAGUAAUACUUCCUGAUAUUAUUUUUAAACCUUUGUCCCUCUAAUUUAAGACUAUGUCCUCUUGUUGUGGUAGUUUUUCUUCUUUUAAAUAUAGUUGUUUCUAUCAUAUCCCCCCUGUCUCGUCUGUCCUCCAAGCUAUACAUGUUAAGAUCCUUUAACAUUUCCUGGUAAGUUUUUUUUAUCCUGCAAUCCAUGAACCAGUUUAGUAGCCCUUCUCUGAACUCUCUCCAAGGUAUCAAUAUCCUUCUGAACAUACGGUCUCCAGUACUGCGUACAUUACUCCAAGUGAGGUCUCACCAGUGUUCUGUACAGUGGCAUGACCACUUCCCUCUUUCUACUGCUAAUACCUCUCCCUAUACAACCAAGCAUUCUGCUAGC